GAAAGGUCUGUUCUUGGUCCCAUAUUUUGCUAAAUAAAUGCCUUGCAAAAGUGUGACUUACCCUAACUUACCCUCCAAUGUGACUUAUAUGUCAUAUUCUAGUUUAAUUAUAUAUAAAUAUAUCAUUUUUGGCUGUCUCGACUUUUACUCCAGAGCGACUUAUUGCUAACUAAGCAAACAUCGUGGCUAAUGUGAACAUUUCACAGAAGGGCUCCGCUCCAGGCAAUCGAAACAUAGCGAGAAAGAAAGAUGAGAAGGUUGGAAUGAGCUAAGAGGAGGCCGAAAAGGUUUUGAAGAUGAGCGAUGGUGCCAGGCGAAACAGGAGCUUCUCAGGGUGAUGACCCCAAAACUAGGAAGAAAGGCUCCAGGCGGGAAUUUCAGGAUCAUAAAAACAGCUGAGAUCCUGAGGUUGUUGCUGCACAGAGUUUAUGAAGAGGGUUUUAGGAAAAGCCACUUAGAAAUUGAUGGAUCCUCCACGCUGAUCAUUCACUUGUGGAUCAAUGCCUUCAUCAUUGGCGGGGCGUUGAGUAAACACAUUGAUUGGUGAGUGGAGAAUCUGGGGGCAUAAAAGGCAAAAAAAAAAAAAAAAGUGCAGCAAUGCUGAAUGAAAGGACAGAGGAGGUGGAGGCAGUAAGGAAAAAGGGGGGAGGAGAGGCAGAUUGUGGGUGGAGUGAUUCAGAGAAUGCGAGGCUCUGCCCUCCCUCCAUCCUUCCACUCCUCCUCCGGCUGGAAAUUCAUCCUUCAGGCUCGGCAGCGGACAUUUGCGUGGAGGACCUCGGGAGAACGGGAAGCGUUCUGUCGUGGAGGUCCGAUUGCAACCCGCAUCUGCGGGGAAGAGUGAAAGAGAGGACUGACUUCCUUUUUUUCUUCUUUUUUUGGAAAGUCCAAAAACGUUUUCCUCAAAGCAGAUCGGCUGUUUCCCCCGCUCCGCUGUUGGAUUGUUUUUGUUUUUUAUGUUUAUUUCACUGCGAACAUCUAUGUGUGCGCGGAGAAGUCCUCCCCACGCGAGAUCACCUAACUUUGGAGUGGCGGAGACUGCCCGACGCCUCAGGGGGAGACGGGAGAUCUGACACCGACGAACACAGCCUAUAUUUGUCGGCUCCCGCACAAAAGGGAAGCAGGAAAGGAGAGCUCCAGAGGCGCCAGCAGACUUCCACCGCAAGGAGAGGAAGGAGCAGCGGGGAAGGAGGGUUUUUGGCUCCGCGACAGGACGGGAUCUGGACCGAUCGCCGAGGCGCUCAGCAUGAUGGGACUUUUAAAGCUCUAAAAGGACCAGAAGAAAGCCGAAAGGACAGGACAAAAGAAAAGGGGCGCGGCGCUACACAAGGAGGCGCCGGGCGGGGAGAGCGUUGGACACUUAAAAGAAGGGAUUUGCUCUAUCUGUCGGGGGUGCAUGCUCCCCCCAGAGAACCCCUCCCUUCCACUUGGACAUCCUCUUUUUUCCCAUCAGUGACAGGCGGACAAAAGGCCAAGAAUGUGCAAUAAACUAAACGAGGAGCGACGGAGGGCGAGCCGGGGCCUCCACCUGACACCGUCCCGGACUAGAGUCUUGGCACUGGGUUUGGUUCUUGCCGCAGCGGGCUGGCUCCCCCCGCUGGCCCUGGCUCAGGUUGAGAUCGACGUGCUGGGUGGGAAUGGGCUGGAGGCCUCCAUGAGCUCCUCUCUGCUCAGCGGCUUUAAGGAAGUGACGGAAAGCCUCCAGUCGUUGAAGGAGCCGACCGCCUUCCCAGACUCCUCUGCGAUGGUGGGACGGAUUUUCCAGAUCAAGUUGCCAAACAAGGUGGAGAAUUCUUUCACGGGGGAGAUAGUGCAGAUAACAGAAAUGGGAAAAAACUCCCUCCCCGCCUGGCUGCACUGGGAUUCCGAGAGCAGAAUUCUGCAGGGUCUGCCUUUGGAGAAGGAUAAAGGAAUCCACUACAUAUCUGUAUCCAUCUCCAACCAAACAAAAGCCACCUCCACUGAGGUGUUUUCCAUAGAGGUACAUCCAGAAGACCACUUGGACGCCGAUUCUGCCCAGAUGGUGUCGAACCAAGCCUCCGCUGAAGAUGACCUCCAGCCGUUCAUGUGUGAAGCCGAGGAGCCGGUCACGGUACUCACAGUAAUUCUGGAUGCCGACUUGACCAAGAUGAGCUCGGAACAAAGGGUGGAACUUAUGGAUAAGAUGAGAAGCUUCUCUGGCGUGGGUCUCCAUCACAUGAGGAUGCUUCCCGUGGUCAACAACAGGCUGUUUGACAUGUCUGCAUUCAUGGCUGGACCAGGCAAUGCCAAAAAGGUGGUGGAGAAUGGCGCUUUAUUGUCUUGGAAGCUCGGCUGCUCCUUGGACCAGAGCACAGUUCCAAAUCUAGAUAGUGUUCAGGGUCCUGCAAAGGAAGGUACAAUGUCAACCAAGCUGGGAUACCCUGUGGUUGGGUGGCAUAUUGCGAACAAGAAACCAGGUGUUCCAAAGAGGGUGAGGCGCCAGUUAAACAACACGCCAACUCCCAUUCUGGCAGUGGUUCCUCCAGCAACUGCUGUGGAGCCCCCUGUGAGGGUUGUUCCAACACUUUCAUCCCCUUCCAUCGCUGCUCCAACUGAAAGUUUUGCUCCCCCUAUUAGAGGCCCUGUUCCCCUUCCAGGAAAGCCUACCCCCAGAGUUCAUGAGCCAACUCUCCAUACCCCAACAAUGGAUCCACCUCUGCCAACAAAGGUAAUGGAGACCACCAGCACUAUCCAGCCAACAGGGACCAGGCCAAUUUAUGUUGAAGCUACCGCAACUCCAACCCCGUCAACGAAAAAGCCGCCAAGGAAGCAGAAGAAACCAAAAUCAACUCCAGUGCCCAAAGUACCAUCCAAGUCCUCCACUACCAAGCCCCCCAGGCGCACUACACCACCACCUAGUAUUUCUUCAGAUCCAUCUAAUGAGCCACCAGUCUUGCGUAAUGCUAUUGACCGUGUCUAUGCAUUAGUGGGCACCUAUUUUGAAGUUAAGAUCCCAUCUGAUACCUUCUUUGACAUAGAGGAUGGUACUACUGACAAGCUGCGUCUUACCCUCAAACAAAACCAUGAUAAAGUUGUUGAAGAUGGAUCCUGGAUCCAGUUCAACACAACAAGCCAACUUCUCUAUGGCCUUCCUGAUCUUGAGCAAGUGGGAGAACAUGUCUAUUAUUUGCAUGCAACAGACAAAGGUGGCCGCUUCACAGUAGAUGCUUUUGAGGUCUACGUGUCCAACUGGCCUCAAAACAAAAUCCCAGUCAUUUUCAAGGCCCGCUUCGUAGGAGAACCUCGUUCUUUGAAAAAUGACAUCCACAAAAAGAUCCUACUUGUUAAGAAGCUGGCAUAUGCACUGGGGGAUCGAAAUAGUAGUACAGUGAGUUUAACCAAAAUUGAAAAGGGAUCCAUUUUGGUGGAGUGGACAAACACUAGCCUUCAGCAGAAACCUUGUCCGAAGGAACAACUCGCAAUUAUGAGCCGGGCCCUUGCCGAUGCCAGCGGGAAUCCUUCUCAAGCUUUUAGGUACACUAUGGAACCUGAAUUCAGAACAAUAAACGUCACAGUGAAGGGAACAGGAAGCUGUGCAAAAUACUCCUUUAUCCCACCAGAAGAGUAUGACCCAAUGCCAUCGAUAACACGGGCUCCGGAUCUGGGGUCGAGUCGAGGAAGCACAGAUGAUGUUUACCUUCACACGGUUAUUCCUGCUGUGGUGGUGGCAGCAAUCCUGCUGAUUGCAGGAGUUAUCGCCAUGAUCUGCUACCGGAAGAAACGCAAGGGAAAACUCACCAUCGAGGACCAGGCCACUUUCAUCAAAAAAGGCGUUCCAAUCAUCUUUGCAGACGAGCUUGAUGACUCUAAGCCUCCUCCAUCCUCCAGUAUGCCCUUGAUUCUCCAAGAGGAGAAGCCCCCUCUCCCGCCCCCCGAAUACCCCAACAUGGCCACGCCAGAGACAACCCCUCUCAAUCAGGAGCUGCUUGGGGAGUACACAGCUCUGAAAGAUGAGGACCCGAACGCGCCGCCAUAUCAGCCACCGCCUCCCUUUGCCACUCCCAUGGAGGGCAAAGGCUCCCGUCCCAAGAACAUGACUCCCUACAGAUCUCCCCCUCCCUAUGUGCCACCCUAAGACUUAUCUGACCCUCCUCUUACAGGGUGGAGGGGAGAGGAUGCCUGAAAAACUGUCAGUUUUUAUUCUGGUGUUUGUCGAUCUGGACAUUGACAUGGGAACGGUCACAAGAGGUGCUAAAGUACAAAACAGCUACAGGGGACUUUGGUUUUUGGGGGGAGAAGCGUUUUUGGGUGGGCUUUAUGGUUAACCGAUUGAAUGAUCCGCUGAAACAGCUGGGAGGGACUACUGCUUUAAUGGUAGCCCAGCUGUGGUAGCCCAAGAAACAAUUUCUUACACUCGGCUUGCGGUAAAACCAGUGGGUCAAAAGCAACAAACCGGGAGCAAUCCUCUCCCUCCCAGCAUUUUGUUUUUUCGCAGAUUUGGAUACUGGAUAUUACUUAUAAAUAUAUAUUUUUUUCUUCUUCUUUAUCCCAAGACUCCUUUCUUUUUCUCUGGACCGAAGCGUUUGCCUAAAAGUUCUUCUUUUGUCUUGCUUUUAAAUACUUUAGGAAGAAAGGCAACGACUCGUGUUUUUAUUAUAGAGUAAGAUUCUCAGAGAAAAGCUAUCUCAGAAGAUCCCUGCAGGCAAUGCAAGAGCAACGGAAACUGAAGAGUGUGUGUGCGUGCGCGUGGAUGAGUGGGUGUGUUUCUUCAGAUUCAAUACGGUUUGCCUUUUAACACUAGCUGUUUGUUUCUAUUCUUAUUCACAAUGUCUAGUAAAGCUGAGAAUAACACAGUAGGUUACAAAAGAUUUAUUAGAGAUGAGUAAUAAAUAUUUUUUUUAAUUUGUUUUUAAAGAAUCACUGUUUAUCUGGAAGGCAUUCUAAAAAAUGUUGGUUUUCGGUGGUGGGAGAAGACAGAAAUAAAGGGAAUGCCUCCCCUAAAUAAUCUGCAAAUUAUUUUUAUUCAUCUUGUUUUUUUUUUUUGUUUGUUUGUUUUUUUGUUUGUUUUUUGUGUGUAACAUCAACAGAAAUGAAUUGCGCUGCAAAACGGGAGGGGUGUGGUUUAAGAAUAUUUUUGUGUCCCCCCCCGUUUGACUCAGCUUAGCUUAAAUACCAUCAGGAGGAAUGUUUAUCAGCCGUAAAAAACACACAUUUUCAAGCAUGCCUUUAAGAUGAGUAAAAAUGGUCAUGAAAUAAAUCUGAAAAGUAAACAAAAACAAACAAUUUUGUUCUAUUUAUAUAUGAAAUUUUACAAUAUGGAAUUAUGACGAGACCACAUUUAGUUGAAAUUGAAAAACAAAAUCGAAAUUGAAAUAAUACAUCUUUUUUAAAUUACUAAUCAAUCUUAUCUAUGCAUUUACUUUAUUUUCCAAUCAUAUUUAUUCAUCUAAUUGGCAUCAAUUUCCAUUUGGUUAACUGGAUAUUUCCCAACUACAGUUUGUCUCACACUGGUAUUAAAUGCACUGCCCAUCCAAAACGGCAUCACCAAAUGUCCACUUACAGCACCCAUUGGCUUCUGAAGCAACCAAAGUAACCCCCGAUCAUAAUACUCCCCCCUCAGUUAUUAUACCAGGACCCUUUUUUUUUGUUUUUUUUGUUUUUGCUUAUAACAGGAUCAGCCUUAUUUUGAUCAGAACACAUGGUCAACUGUAAUAUUGAGGGACGGGCAGUGUGUUUUUGAACAGAAUGAACCAUUUCAAAGGACUUUCUAUGCUGCUGAGAUGAUUUCGGGGGUGAAUAACACAAAACCCAUGAAAAAUUCAAAAGUUAUGAGAAAUACAUUUUUUUUUUUUUUACAAAAUUUUUGAUACAGCCAGAAAUAGUUUGACACUAUAAAUUGGUUUUUAGUUUUGAGAUUUGUAAGACUUUAGCCUAGAAUUUCAAUUAUGACUCAGUAAUGUACUGUCUCUGUUUUUGUUUCAAGUUUUUUUUCAUGUGGGUCACACAUUUCCGGGUUUAUUUGAGCGUGUGAAUUCGGAUAUAUCUGUCACAACGAUGGAAUGACCCGUACUCUAUGUAAUCAUUUUUUUUUUCUUUCAUCCUUAUUGAUGAGUUUUAACUGAAAGUGACCCUUUGCAAUAAAAAAGUGUGGUUGCAGUCCGCUCGGCGGCUCAGGCGAGCGACUUGCACUGCCGUGACCUUGUUGGAUUUUGCCAAGGCUUUUUUUGCUUAUGGAGUGUGUAUUGUUAUAAUAAAAUAAAACCAACCGGUACCUUCAA